CGAUACGUUUCCAGUACAAGCCUUCGAAACAACGUCCGAGAUUGUUGCAGCUGCGAACGGGAUUCGCGCAUCUCCAAGUAAUGUUCCUAGCUAUGUGAUUGCAGCUCUGCGCGAUGCCAUUAAGCAUCGAUGGCGGGUGUUCAAAACUUUCGCGUCGGCAAAGGGUGGUUCAAACGUUCGAGAAACGAAGGCUAAGGAUGAAUGUCACGAGAUAUUCAUCAUGCGGUAGGUAUCAGCCAACCUUUCGACUUAAGUCUCUUGCUUGUUACAAACGAACGAAAAAGAGCUUAGACUUGCUGCGUCCUCUGGAGGACAAGACCAUCCCAGAUUUGGAUCUCGGCAAUUUGGAUCUUGGCCAUUCCUCAAUCGACGCCCAAUCCAAUCGUUUCCGGUCACUCAGUCUUGUCGAAGAGGAGGCGACGAGUGACGUUACCUCUCACAGUAGUCAAAUGGAUACCAUUCGUGCAUCUGCACAGCCUAAGACGCCUGAAGGAAACCAGCAGCCCCUGGCUCGACAAGAUAAAAUUUUGGAAGAUGAUGAAUGUAAAGUCAGCCGCGAGUUUGACAUUUUAGGCACAAGCUAAAAGCAUCGUAGCAGCUCGACACACUCUUAACGGCGACAAACACGUACUGGUCAGAGGCAGCAAAUGGAAAGAUGCCUCUACCUGUAGCAGCUUGGCUAUCCACCACCGUGUUUCACGCGUUAGCAAGGCUGUUCUCGACAUAACUCCGUGGCCCCCGAUUACGACGUGCUGAUGGCGAAAUGGUUCAAGCAUAGAGAGACUUGGUCAUUCUGAAUCAUUUCAAAUAUGUUUCCGAGCGCAGCAUUGAGGAAGCGCCCUGCUGGGAUGGUAUUACCAUCUGGUUCCCUCGUAGACUAAUCAAUCAUUGCAGAACUUUGAAAGAGUGUGAAAAGACCGGCCUCGCU